AUGUCCACUUUACACGAGGCUCUCGAAUGCCUCAAGCCAACAUCAUGGGAGGCAAUUCCUCAAACCCCCGAAGAGCUACGAGAAUACGUGCGUGGCAUCUUCAAACAAAGCCGCCUAGUAGCGGAAUCCCUUCCGGACCCUCCGGAGUACGAGCACGAAGUGCCAUACGGUGGAGAAUCGGAGGCUUCAGGCUCCUGGCGGCGAGUCGUUCCUUCGUCAGCACGUGUAGGGGAAACAGACCCGGAGAUUACGUCGAUGCAGAAGCAGUGGGGGAAGCCUAUUAAAAUGGGUGGCGUGAAGGACAAUCCACUCGGUAUCCACGUGUGGAAGCUGAACCCAAACGACAACGGCGGCCAGUGGUUCGGAAGACGCAGUGUACACGAGGGUCUUCCCUUUGCGCUAUGGCAAAGGAAGCUUUCGUCGGAGUAUGAUGAGACGUUGAAGGUUAAUCGGAAGAAGAUUGAGAAGGGACAAGUACCUGACAAAAGUAUCCGUGGUAUUGGCGCCGAAGAGAAGGUCGAGGAUGUGGAGGUCUUCGAUGAGGAUGGGUCAGCGAUAGGCCGCGUUACGCUUUACCAUGUCUCUGCGCAGUUUCCUAAGCCGACUGCUCCUCGGGACUUCGUGGCUCUGAUCAUUACAUCUGAGCAUGGGCUGCGGAUAGGCGGGACGAAUCUGCCUGGCCGGAGCUGGAUGAUGGUGUCCAAGCCUUGUGAACAUCCCGAUGUGCCGCAGAGGCCUGGCUAUACCCGAGGAGUCUAUGAGUCUGUCGAGCUUAUUCGGGAAAUCCCCAAGCAAGGCAAUGGGAGCUCAUCUAGCUCGGUCAGCUCUGGAAAGAAGUCAGACACGAAGCAGAAAGAGAAUAGCUCCGAUGAGUCCAAGUCUCAGAGUGCAGAUGCUGAAGCUGAUGGCGCUUUGGAUGAAGGCGAGGAAAUGAACCCUGUCGAGUGGAUCAUGGUAACCCGAAGCGACCCAGGAGGCAACAUCCCCAAAUGGAUGGUCAACAAGGGCACCCCGGGAAGUGUCGGGGCAGACGCCGCCAAGUUCAUUAAUUGGGCUGUACAGGCUGAGAACAGCCCAAAGAAGGACGACUCCCCGGGUGGUAGCACCAAUUCAUCCAAGAGCACCGAGGCCAAGUCGGGAGAACCGGCCGACGACGAGGGUUCUGAUGAAGACGGUUCCGACUCCGACUUGACCGAUACAAGUGUCCAGUCCCACCAUGGUUUGAUAGCCAGCGUGACCAGCUUACUCAACACUGGUUUUGAGCGAUAUGCACCUCAAGCAGUCCUCGACUAUAUGCCACAGCACCACGAGCUGCCAGGCUCUUUCCCGCAGGGAGAUGAUAACACGGCAGAUUCCGCAUCACAAAGCACCAGAAGUCCCAGUACAAAAAAUGGCCGGGGUGCCGACUACUUUACAACCCAAGAUCCAGACCAUGCCUCGAUCUCUUCAACCCGCUCGGAGGGCACCAUUCCAGCGGUGGAAUUGGGGCCAAAUAACCUACCCCCGAAAGCGCUGAUGGAAAUGACAAAAGACGGCAAACUAAGCUCGCACGAGAAAGAACUCGCAAAGUUAGCUCUCCGCAAACGCGAAAUCGACUCCAAGCUCGAGACGCUCCGUACCGAACUCGACAAGCUCCAAGUCCCGCCCCAAAGCCAACCCGGAACCCCAUCAAAGGCCCCCCACGAGAUCGACAGCGACACGAGCGGAAUGCUCAAACGCGCAGCUGAGAAUCGAUCUUCGACACCAGCCAGCUUUGGCACACAACAUAGCCAGAACGGUGGAAAUGGUAGCGAGGGCCCGUCAUCGCAGACACUGAGUCCCGAGCCCCCUGCGCAUAUCCACAAGGUUACGUCGCAGCUUUUCCAUGAGGAGUCUAAGCUUCUGAAACAGCUCCGCAAGAUCGAGACCAGUCAGAUCAAGGUCGCGUCGAAGAUUGAAGCGAGGCAGAAGAAGGAAGCUGAGCGCUCGGAAAAGACGAAAUCUAAAUCAGAGCUUGAGACCCUAAGGAGUGAAGUCAAAGACUUGAAGAAGGAAGUUAGCAAGUUGCGUACGGAGCGGCAGAAGUGGGUGGAUCUUGUUACUGCGUUGCAGGCGGAGAAUACGAGGUUGGUUGCGAAGGACGAGGACAGUGGAACGGCGAAAAGCUCGUGA